AUCCCGGAGGAUAGAGGGUUGACUGCACGCAUUAUAAGAACCAUGUUUCACAUCCAAGGACAACGUAGUUGGAAACUCCUGCCGUGUAUUUUGUUAUCAUUGAUCGUAGGCGUCGUGACGGGGCAGCGCAGCGUCAGCAGCAAAAGUGAUUGUUCUAAAAAUGAAUACUGGAGCGACGGGCUCUGCUGUGACAAAUGUGCUCCAGGGUAUAAAUUCGUAAGAAAAUGCACUAGUGACUUGUCAUCUCAAUGUGAGAAAUGUUCGAAUGGGACAUACCUAGACAAGAUGAACUAUUUCCCAAACUGCUUCAGAUGCGAGAAAUGCACCAAGCCAAAUGCGGUGGUGAUUUCACCAUGUACACCCCAAAAUAACACCGUGUGUGGAUGUCAGUCUGGAUACUUCAAAAAGUCCUUUGAUAGCAUUUCAUGGAAGUGUGUGCCUUUUAAACGCAAACCAAACGGCAGGAAAGCCUUAUUUUUUUCCUCAGAAAUUAUGUGAAGGUUAGUCUGAAGUAUGACCGAAGAACACAGCUCUGCCUCCAGCAUGAACAAAUAUCUCAGACAAAAAUGUCAGAAUAUAUGGAAUCUACUUUCCCUUUAUUUUCAGCUGAAUUAAGAUGUAGCCUUAUAAAGCACAAUGUAUUUAUUAUAUUUGAUACAUGAGUUUCUAAAUUAUUAACAUGGUCAAAAGUUGGGUGAAAAUCUGUUGUACACAAUCUACUACUGUGUUCCUCUUGACUGGUAGUUCAUGCUUUUUAUUAUUAAGUAAAAUACCUUUUAGUAUAAUUAUAAAAGUAUCCACAUGGUACAUGUAUCUAAUAACUUUUAUAAUGUUAGUAAAUUAUUUCAAGAUGAACAUGGACUGAAGAAAUAACAAUUUUUAGGUUUAUCUAAUUAUUCAUACAUCAUUUUCAUGUCAUGUGACUUUACCUCUGUCCUCCAGGAUCUAAUGUUAGAGUUGCUCCUAAAUGACUUUUUCCAUGAAACUAAAAGAACGAAUGGAAUGGAAGUCCUUACAGGUUCUUAUACAGUAUAAGACGACAGUAUUAGUUUUUUUUUUUUCACUCUGUAAUCACACACAUUUGUUUGUACAUAUCUCACUCAUUGUAUUGCAUUGCAUUAUAUUUUUUUAAAAUAAAAAGUGACAACUGAUAUUUACAGGCA